UUGGAGUGGGUUGAAGUAUUUAAAUCUGAGGUGAGGUAUCCACUCGAGCAUUACAUUAUUAUGAGGAACCCACUGGUGAGACACCACACUUGCAUGGAUUGAGCUCAUGCCAGAAGCACUUGAGAGAGAUUUGGGAAGAGCGAGAGAAGGGAGAAAGGAAAGCAAUCAAGAAGGGCUCUAUAGUCAAUUUUCUCUGCUAUCAAAUCAACUAUUUCUUGACAAAUAUGCGCAUGGGUUGGAUUUCUAGUGCGAUUUAGACGAAAACUGGGGUAUAGAUGAGAGUAGCUCCACUUCAGUUUGUAGCUAUUUGUAAUACCAGCCUCUAGAACGCGGGUGAAAGUAAAAAGUAGGAAGGGUGGAGAAAUCACUGCAAACGUGAUGCACAAAUUAUUGUGGCCGUAUUAAUUGCUUAUCAUACUUCAACUUGAGAUAUAUGUAGGCUUCUCAUUCUAUUUGUGUUAUCGUCUCUAAUAAUACAUACAAACUUUGGACAAGUAUGUAGUUUGUACGUCUCGUAGAUUUCACAAUGCUGAAUUUUUUGAAAAUUCAUUAAAGACAAACAAAGAGCUACAUAAGGAUGCAUUUGUCAGGAUUUUUGUGUUUUAAGUAUAGAGAAAUUUGCAAAUAUGGGUGACGUGGUUGGUGGACUGAUGAAAAUUAGGUAGCUGUAAUGUUCUGGAGCCGGGAAGACGGGGAGGAGUGGUGGAAGGAAGGCGCAUGAAUCACAGACUUCGAUCCAUCCGCUGGUGGUGUGUAUUGUUGGUUGUGGUGGUGCCAGAGGUGGUUUGUCGACUGGAGAAAGUGGUGUUGAAGUCAUAACUAAUCCCUGCACAUCUCCAUCCAUCUCCUCCACACACUCACACAUUUGAACAUUUCCCCAUCGUCCACUCAAUCAAGUUCACCACUUUCACUCUCGUUUUUAACUUUCACCUUCGCCUCCCCCCAAUCCCACUCGCUCACCACCACCACCGUCAUUUUGGACACUAACUCGCUCCUAUUUAGCACCCGUCACCACUAACCAGCUUGACCCUCGCCUGGUCUUCGUCAUUUUUACUCGCCUCGCACCACUCACUGACCCAGUCACAAAUUUUGCUUUCCUUCAGUUCCCCCUCAAGAGUGACUUUUGUAGAAUCCCGUUGUUGUGACGGGAGGCGAAUCUGUCGAGUGGGGUGAUUUUAUAGAUGAAGCUCGCUUUCAUGUCAGCCUCCUGCAUUACUCUUCGUGUCGUAAAAAUAACAUGAAAGAUUAAUCGUCUCAUCUACGGUGGAAAGCUUCCACACAAUCAGAUAGGAGCGGAGCCACACGAGUGCAAAGUGUGCUACCGUUCCCCAUUACUUGCCCAUGUUUACCAAGGAUGGUAACAUUAUUAUUUUCUCCGAGGGAAUGGGUGGGAUUGAGAUUCCGUUUGACAGUCUCAUCCAAGCCAUCGUCGUCCUCUCCAUUGGAGUACUGAUAAUUGUGACAAAUGUGAUAAUCAUUGCAACCUUCAUAACAUCACCAGGUCCUCGAGAAGUAUUGAGCUACUACUUGCUGUCGCUGUCGGUCGCUGAUCUCCUGGGGGGGAUUUUAGUGGUUCCACUAUCCGUCUAUCCUACAUUGAUCAAAUAUUGGAUGUACGGUGAUGUCUUGUGCAAGGCAUCGGCGUACCUGGGUUCAGUUUUAUGGUCAGCCUCUGUUUACACCCUUAUGUGGAUGAGUGUAGAUCGCUAUGUCGCAGUUAGAAAGCCCAUUCGGUACGAGGUGAUCCAAACCCGAACGCGUGUGCAGUGCUGGGUGGCAGUGUCAUGGGUCUCGGCGCUGAUGUUGUGCAGUCCGCCGCUCAUGGGGUUUCGCGGAGCCGACUAUGAUAAGCAAGCGGCCGUUUGUCUCUUGGAAUGGAAUGUUAUGCCGGCAUAUGCAGCUACUCUCGCUAGUCUCAUUCUUGGUCCGACAAUCACCACGAUGAUUUACACGUAUUUCUUCAUCUUUGCUGCCAUGAAACGUCUCAAGAGCGACUUGCCUGGCAUGGAUAAGGAAUAUGUCUCUGCGUUAACCGAAACAUUAGCAAAUCCUGCUCACUUAACUUCCUUCAUCCUGGUCGUCUUCUUUUGGAUUUCAUGGCUUCCAUUCCUUGUCAUUACAUUUUUGGAAUACCUCACCCAGUGGAAAAUUCAGGUUCCUUUCCUCCAUUUCACAGUAUUUUGGAUGGGCUUGUGCAAUUCAUUCUGGAAGCUAUUCAUUUACGUGACGGUCAACAAAAAUUUCCGGUUUCACCUGCGAGUGUUUUGUCUGUCUUUGUGCUGUCGAGCAAAAAGUCGACUACUUCAGCACGGUGAUUGACUACACCGGGACCGGGUUGGAGUGAGAUUUCUAUCAUUAAUUCCAACCUUUGUUAAGCACUCGUUUUUUCGACUGUGUUCUGACAAUCGUGACAUUGCCACUGCUGACGAUGUCUAGAGGAUUCCAGGUUCUCACACUACUGUAUAAUCCAAUGCCUUUUAGCGUGUGUUGUUAGCAGUUUUACUAUAAAUACGUGAGUAGAAGCCAAACUAAAGGAUAUUUGAGGCGCAGGGGUAGAAGAGAAUAAUUACUCGUUCAUCUAAUAUUACCAAAUUAUAUGUAUGCAUAGCUUUACAUUACUUGUACAUCUACCUCGCUCUGACUGAAAGAAUAGGCAGGCAGUCAGUCACUUUCUCUGGAGAGGAAGUUUCUUGUGGAGUAAUAGGAAUAGGAAAAAAGUGCUUGGCUCUGGCAGCCCAGUGCAGUGGUGCGGGAGUGAAAGCCUUUCACUGAAAGGUGGUGAACUCGGUGGUGAUGGGACGAAGGUGGGUGGUCGUGGGAAAGUCGGACGAGAUUAACGAGAUGAGAACAAAUUACACCGAAUUACAGACUUAUUUCUUCACGUUCCGUUCGGCAAAUUGCUUCCGUCAGUCAGGACAAAGGAAACCAAUAAAAACAGAGCUACGGACAUUAAAACUACUUUCAAUUAAAUUCAAUAAUAAUAGAAAAUAGCGGAGUGGGUUUUUCGAGGUAGAUGCUUGUUAGUCCAGUCUUCGAUCUACGUAGUCAAUUAAAUGUACAUAGGAAAUCUGCAUUAUGCAUUGACUUGACUUGAUUGAUUUUAAAACUACAGAGAAUAUUUAGAAAAAUGAAUUUAUUACGACGAGUCGCCAACACGUAUAAAGUGUAAAAUAGUAUUACUCAAGUUAUUUUCGUGAACUGCAAGUUAAAUGAGGGGCACGGAGUUGUGUGAUUAAGUAUGUAGUAUUUUUAAACAUUUAGUACUUACCUAAAUAGAGGAGGGGGAACCAUUACAACGUUACUAAUAUUUUAUAGGUUUCUUCCUUUUCUUUGUUGUCAGCAAUCAGUUAUACUACAAUAGCAUCGAACAAUGAACGAAUUGAUCUCACAUGGCUAUGCACCAUAUUUAUGAUAAAUAUUUAUAGCAAUUUAUUAGAUCUUUUUUACAAGAAAAAAUUUGCGAACGACUGAGUUAGAUUUUAUUAUAUUUGCAUUUGUUGACUUAUACGGGUUAAAAAUAUUAGUUAUUUACGUAUGUAUUUCCGACUCUGAAGUUCCGAUUGCAAUGCAGUUCCGAAGAUAUUAGACUGCAUAUAUACCAAAACCAUAUCAAAUGAAUAGGACUAAAACUAACAAAACUCCAACUUACUCAAUGAUCCGGUACAAAUGAACAAUUCAGGAGUUUUCAAAAAAUUACAACUACUACCGUAAUCAGUGUUACGUACUCGAAUGUUGUGUAACUUCGGUUCAGAUACUAAUAAUAGCGAUUUCUUUUUCACCAUAAUUCACGGAAGAAAAUAACACUGUUAUGCAAGUAGGGAGCCUAUUUAUUAUUUUGUGCUGUAUUUAUGCGAACGACAACCUGGGUAAUAUUUAAGAGUCUUCCGAGUAUGCAAGAUUGACGACGAGUAAAUUAUCUACAUAAAUAGGUUCCAUAAUCUUUGAAUUAUUUAAAUGUUUAGAGGCCACGUGCGAGAAAGAGUCUCGCAUGCACUUACUUACAUACUUGAAUUAAAUAAAUAGAUCGUCUUUACAGCUACACAGUGACAAUUAAGUAUUCCGGACUGCAGUGCAAUCAGGAUCGGUUUGUUGUAGUUUUGACAUUACAACAAUGACUUUGAGGAAUGGUAUGGGAUAUAUUACGUGGUUUUAAAAAGAGUCAAAAAGGUUAAUCCAGUGUGGAUUAUGUUACAUACCUGGAACGCUUAUGCAUAUAAUCUAAGGAGUUUUUACAGACUUUAAAGUAACUCGAAUCAAUAUGAAUGUGUCAAUAUAAAGAGUAUUUAGAGUAGGACUAUCUGCUAAACAAUGUGAUACAGUGUUGGUUUGCAUACAAUUAUUCUCGAUAAAUAAAGAAAUAUGUCCCAAAAAGUAUUAAAAAUUAUAGCACACCGCCCGUUAUGAGUACAGGAAAUGGCGAAUCCAACAAUGUUUAAAACAUGUACACAUGUAUUUGUACUAGUUGAUGGAUUCUCGUGACUAAAAAAAUGUUCAUAUAUAAUAAUCAACUUACUGUAUUCUGAAAUGAAGCCAAACUGCAUCGUACAACCAACAUUCAUUCAACGUCCAAGUCCAAAACCUUGAUGGUAAAGGGUAGUAUUUAAACAAUUUGACAUAAUUCAAUGAAGCAAAAUAAAAUCAACAGCGAUUUGAUAAUGUCUCAGUUGACCGUCAACAAGAUGAAUUUACGAAUUCUAUAAAGCAAUAUUAUUAUUACUAUAUAAUAACGUCGGUAUAAUAACGUCGGCUAAACUUGUAUUAUUAAUAAGAAGUUUUUAACACAUGAAAUAUAUAUAUUCGCUUCCCGUGUUUAGCGAAAAAAAGUAGUUCUAAAUUAAUUGUAACUUGAAGUUUUGUCACAAAACUUUUGUGUACAUCGCAAAUUUAAUUUUGUUUCUAGUUGUGAUUAUAUGUAUAUACGCGUAAUUUACAUAUUGCAAUCUUUGUGUUGUACAGAAGAAAGAAAAUGUUAUUUUAGGCGUUCUACAUAGUAUGAAGGUUAAAUUUGAAUCAUUUAGUUAAAUCCAUUCAUAUAUCUGUUUUCAACCUUCAAACUACAAACAAUCAACGCCAAAUAGAUUGUAUUAAAGGGUUGUUACAACCGCGUUAAAACUAGAUAGUGAAAAACAUUAUAGUUUUAAAAGUGAGUAGUUUUUUUGUGGACAGGACAAACAAAAUAAUGUUACUAUCAUACAUGAUAAAAGUUAACCGAGAGUAAAAUGUAUGUAGCACACACAAUGUUCCAUCCGAAACAAAAUGUGGUUACCAUUUUGAAUAAAAAUUACUGUUACUAAUUUA